UGGUAAGUUAGUAUAAAAGCAGCAAGUUACCAUAUCUCAGCAUCCAGUUUCAGUUCUGGGAUCAUCCAGUCACAUAUAUUUUAAGUGAUUUACAAUGAAAACAAUUUUGUGCAUAUCUGUGCUUCUGUUCGUAUCGGCAACAGCCGAAUCAGGCAAGAAGUCAUCGUCCGACAGCAAAGCUAUUCCAUUGGAAAAAAAAUUGGACAAGCGUGGCUUACUCGAUUUAGGAUACGGAUAUGGUAUUAAUGGAUUAGAUGUUGGCUACUUGGGCGGUGGACAUUUAGGUGGCGCUUACAUUGAUGACCAUCAUGCCCAUGACUAUCACGGAUAUAAUGGAUUACACGGAUACGGUCACGGAUUCUACCUGGGUGGACAUACCGAUGUGACGAAAGUGCACACAUUAAUAAAGGGUGUUCCAGUGCCAUAUACUGUAGAAAAGCAUAUUCCACAUAUUGUUGAGAAGCAUGUCCCAUAUAAAGUUGCCGUACCCGUGCCACAGCCCUAUGAAGUGGUGAAACAUGUCCCUGUCCACGUAAAAGAAUACGUUAAAGUGCCAGUUCAUGUUCCACAACCGUACCCAGUUGAGAAGAAAGUUCCAUAUCCCGUCCAUGUUCCAGUAGAUCGUCCAGUACCAGUUAAGGUUUACGUGCCACAGCCGUACCCUGUUGAAAAGCACGUUCCAUAUCCAGUUAAAGUACAUGUCCCAGCACCCUAUCCAGUCGAGAAAAGAGUACCAUACCCAGUUCAUGUUCCAGUACAUGUUCCUCAACCAUACCCCGUUGUGAAGAAAGUCCCAGUAGUUCAACAUGUGCCAGUCGAUCGUCCAUACGCAGUACCUGUUGAUCGUCCAUAUCCAGUACAUGUCGAAAAGCCUUAUCCAGUAGUCGUUGAAAAGCCAGUGCAUUAUCCAGUGCAUGUGGAUCGGCCAUAUCCCGUUCAUGUACCCGUGGAAAAACCAUAUCCCGUCAAAGUAGCAGUACCAGUUAAGGUACCCGUUCAUGUGGAAAAGCAUGUACCAUACGUUGUUGAUAGACCUGUGCCAGUUCCAGUAAAGGUCCCUGUACAAGUACCUGUUGCGGUCGACCAUCAUCAUGAUCAUCACGAUCAUUACGGACACUACUACGGUGGUCAUGGGAGUUACACCAGUUUCAGUGGACUAGGUCACGAAUAUAGUUACCAUCAUUAAACAAUAGUAGAAUAAAUAGAAACAACAAAACUACAAAUAUGACCAAAAAGUUACAUCAUACGCGAUUUUAGACUUAUACUCAGAAAUUUCCAAUUACAAAAAUGCUGAACAUCAGGCAAUUUUAGUUGGUAAUUAUACACAUCUUCCAUUUAAUCGACAUAUUACAUUUUGUUUUUAAAAUGCAAGACCAAUUCAUCGAAACCAUCGGGUAUUUAUACCUUCGUUGUUACCAUCAAAUCAAUAUCUAUAUAUAUCUAAGGUAUGAUGACAAAUUGUAUGUUAUUUCCACCGUAAAACCACAAAUUAAAUGGCUUGUUAAGAAUUAUG